AUGAUUGCAGAUCUUGGACUUUCCAGGAUAGGUCGUGCAAACGAAAAUGACUCUUACCUAAUUACUCUUGUUGGUGGAACACAUGGCUAUGGAGAUCCAGCAUAUGUGGAUACUGGAUUCCUGACCAAAGAAUCCGAUGUUUAUUCAUUUGGUGUGGUAAUGUUUGAAGUCUUAUGUGGGAGGUUGAGCAUUAUAAAUGCAGACAAAGAACAUCAAUUGCUUGCCCCAUUGGCCCAACACUACUUCGAAACAGGAAGGUUAAACGAGAUUAUUGAUCCCUAUUUGAAGAUGGAAGUGGACACUGAUUCCUUGGAGAAGUUUUCAGAGAUUGCAUAUCCAUGUUUGCAUGAUGAACGGGACCAACGACCCUCAAUGAGUUUGGUCGUUCAACAACUCGAGGAAUUGAUGGCAAGCAUUAAGGUUACAGAUGAAAGCGAGGAUGAGAUUGAUCGUUUGAAUGACAUGUUUAAGUCAAUAGAUACCAAUGACAAUGGUGCAAUAACAUUUGAUGACCUCAAUGACUCCCACGCCCAGGCCAGAGCACGGAAACAGGCACACCGCGCCAUGGUCCAUACAAAGUCAAGGGCGCACACUACAAGAAAUGACUUUUUGCGACGACAUGAUGAGAUGAACAAGAUGAUGGCUACAAUGAUGUCCCAUCAUAUGCAAGCCCAUGCUGCUUUUCACUUUAAAGGGUCAAGUAGCCGAGGUAUGCUUCCUGAGGAUGAUGAUGAAGACUACGAGGAAGAAGUUGACGAUGAUUCGGAUUGA